AUGAUUUCCCAGAAAAAAAAUGCAGUGGCUCAGCGAAUAUCAUCAGCAAGGCUUCACGAAAUUAAAGAGCUGAAAAAUGAAAUAUUUUAUGUACAACACCAAUUAGAAGCAUUAAGCUUAGAAAACCACGUUUUGAAACAGCUUCACGGUCGACACUCGAAAGCAAUAGGUAGAUACGAAAAUUCAGAAAGUAACUUGCCAGAUCUUUUAGCAAGUCAUUAUAAUGAGGUGAGAACGUUAAGGCAACUCCUGAGGAUGUCUCAGGAAGACGAGAGAAAUACAUCCAGGAAGCUCAGAAAAGUUGAAGCAGAGCUGCUGAGAGCUAAAGAUGCUUUGCAGACCUUGCUUAUGCUUUCAGAAAACAAAGCUCUUGUGGAGAGAGAGGAACUUGAUUACAGAUUAUCAGUCCUUACAGAAAAAAUAAAAGUGAACGAUAAGAGAAUACAGAGCCUAGAAAAGCAGCUGAAGUUGAACAAUAGCACCUUUAGUCGUCAGCUGGCAAAUGAGAACAAAAAUGCUGUGGAAGCUGGGAUAAUUACAAAGAACUUGAAAAUGGAAAUUAACUCUCUUCACAAAAAAAUUAAGGAAAAGGAUCGGCAACUUCAUGUAAAAAAUAUCUAUGCCAAUCGGAUGUCUAAAAUCCUAAAAGACAAAAGUGAUUCAGUACCUCAUGAAAAAAGUCUUAGUAAAAACAGAUCAGUACAAGUAGAUAAACAGAGUUUUAGAUCACUGCUGCUGUCACCGUACCAAACUCAGGAAACAGAAAAAAGUCCAGUUCAGCUAACAAAGGAGAAAAAGUCUUCAGAAGAUGAAAAUCAAAAAGCUAAAGCAAAUGAAGCAAAUACAGAUGCCCAAUGUAGAACAGAAAAGCAAUCAACCAAGAAAAUACCAAAGCCAGAAAGUUUUAAUAGAACACGUAGAGAGUAUUUACGGGAAGGCAGACUACUGAUGGAAGAAUAUGCUUGUUUGGAAUUUAUGAAAGAAGAAGAAAAAGAGACAGAUUUGCUUAAACGGGAGCUGAAAAAACUGAUGAAAACUGAACAAACUCCUCUAAGUGACAGCAUAAAAGAAAACAAGCAAGAGGAAGAAUACGAAAAAGAAGAAAAAAAGCCAGAUGAACGGCUAAAUAACAGUGAGAAGGCGAGGAGUAAAUGUGUAACUCCAGGUCCAAGAAACAAAACACCCAUUAGGCUGAAAAAAAAAUACAUCUUCUCAGAAGCCACUAAGAAUUUGCACCAUGGACUUCCUACAUCAGGUACAAAAUCCAAAAAAGGCAGCCUUUGCAACCAUAGGUGUGCAGGUCAGGACUGCAGUGAGACAGCUGAAUCAAAAGUGGAAAAUUCCUUUGGGCUAUAUGAACCGUCUUUUGGUAAAGUUACCAAAACAAGGCCGAAGGACAGUUCCACUGAAGCAGAAAGCUGCGCUCAUACGACAUUUGCUGAAAGCAAAAACACUCUUAUGAAAGAACUCUUUGGGCCGGGCGGCGUUUGA